AUGACUUCGUUAACUCCAUUAUUAAAUUCUGAAGAAGAUUGCAAUGGAUUAGAAAACGCUAUAUUUGUUGCUUGGAUCCUAAAUAGGACAUUAAUUGUACCACCUGCCUUACUUCUAACUAAGUUCAGAGUAUCAUUUGGUAGGAUGACUAAAUUGUCGAAAUAUCUAAGAGAUGAACCUGUCGGUUCAAUUUGUGGAAAUAUAAAAAUAAAAAGAGAAAGACAAAAAUGCGAAUCAUUUCAUAAUUCAUACACACUUUAUCCAUAUGAUCAACUAUUUGACUUUACAUUUAUCAGACAAAACCUCAAAACCAUAAAUGCACCAAAUUUCGACCUUGAAACAGUUAUUGAAAUGUUAAAUAUCACUGAACCAAGGAAAGAAAUUUAUUUCGAUUUUACCUAUGAAUAUGAUCGAAUGUACGACACAGAAGAAAAACCACACAUCGAGACUAAUGGAUUGUUAGAAUCAUUACAACUAUUCAAGAAACGUCCUGAAAAGCUUAUAUACUUUGGUAGUUUAUUUGGAUCAGGAAGAAUCCAUAAAGGUUUGGAAUCAUCAAAAAUCUUCUUUAAAAAAUUACAAGAAUCAUUUGUACCAAAUAAUCCAGUAAUUUUAAGUGUGGUGUCUAGUGUGGUAGAAAAAAUGGGUGGUGUUGGUGAUUAUAUUUCAGCUCAUGCUAGAGGUGGUGACAACGUUUAUGCAAAAAAAAGUAAAGAACAUUUUACUGAUUUAGUUAUGCAAAUUGAUAAAAAAUACCCAGAAAUUCCACCAUAUUUAACAUCACUGAAGAAUGAAUGUCCACCUAUUGACAAGGGUGAAAUCACAAAGAGAAAUUUAUAUGUAGCUAGUGAUGUUGGUAGAGAAAACGAAUCCAUGAAAGUGAUUCUGGAUAAAUUUCCUUGUCUAAGAAUGCUCUCUGAUUUCAGAGAUCAACUUGAACCUUAUGGAUCUCUCAUAAACCCUGUAGAUAAUAAAGUAAUGAGUCGCUUUUUAAUACCUUUAACUGAUCUUAUGGUAGCCGCUAAUGGCUUUGAAGUAUUUACAAUUAGAGGCAGUACUUAUGAUCCAGUUAUGCAAAGGCUUGUAAGAAUAUCUGGUUUGCAAGAAAAAAAAUUUUUUGCUGUGGAGCAAAUUUGUGAUGUCACACAUAAAUCAAUGCUACUUGCAAAUUGUCAUUUUGUUGGAUAUAUGGAAGAAUUGGGUGGAUUACCUACAUCAGUUUUGAAACAACUAAAAAUAACAUAUAGUGUGUGUUUAGUUCUUUGCCCCGUUGACUUUAAUGUUACUAAAGUUGCUGGUAUCUGGAAUGCUCUAUCAUCAUCAGCAGAAAAUUCCAGUAAAGAUUUACAUAACCACUUGGUUUCUAAUUUUGCUGAAAAAGAUUUUAAUAAGAUAAAAGCGGAACCAAACAUUACAGCCAAUGAAACUACUAUCACUACCACCAAUACAAUCACAACCAACUCAAAAAUGGCAAGACAACCAAGAUGUUCCAGGCAACAAAGUCUUGGUUAUAAAUAUUCCGAGUUUAGAUCUUCAAAACGCAAUAUGAUGAGAUUAGAAAAUAUAUGUAAAAAGAUUGAUGGAAGACUUGGUAGUCCUCUGCAUUUUGUGCUCAACUGCAAAAAUUGUAACACAGUCUGGAAUAGAGAUGACGAAAUCUUCAUUAUAUUGCAAGGCAGCAAAUGA